AUGGCUUCCAGCUUUGCUUCCAAGCGGCUGGCCAAAGAGUUGUCCAAGCUCAACUCUGGCCUGCCUCCCGGUAUCGAGCUCAUCUCGGCCGACAACUUCGAAGAAUGGAUCAUGGACAUCAAAGUCUUGGACGACAACCCGCUGUAUAAAGACCAGGUUUACAGGCUGAAAUUCAAGUUCUCCCAACAAUAUCCCAUAGAACCCCCAGAGGUCACCUUCGUCAAGACCACCGAGCGACCGAUUCCCAUGCACCCUCAUAUCUACUCCAAUGGCAUCAUCUGUCUCGAUUUGCUCGGCAGCCAAGGCUGGAGUCCCGUACAGAACGUUGAGAGCGUCUGCAUGAGUAUACAGAGCAUGUUAACAGGCAACGAAAAGAACGAGCGGCCGGCGGGAGAUGACGAGUUCGUUCGGAGCAAUCGCUUGCGCCCUAGAGAUAUUGACUUCUACUAUCACGAUAACACCGUUUGA